AUGUAUUUUUGCCAUCUGCCUUUUAGAAAUUGCCUAAGCAAAAAUUUCAGAUUGGCUGCAGGCUUAACAACACACAAAUUCGCUCAAACGUUCCAAACAAGAAGAUUUGCUACUGAACUUAUAUCUCAGGUAGCAAGAAAACAGCUAAAUUCCUUUAUAAAUACCUUACUUGAUCCUCAGUUUUCAGAUCAUCAUUUAAGAAAGUAUCUCCGAACUGAAGAUAUGAGAUGAUGUAACGAAUACUGCAUGGGCAUGGUUUUGACUUCUAUGCUAAAGAAAAAAGAUCCUUAUAUAUCCCUCCUGAAUUAUUUUGAAGAGAGAAUUUUAUUUAUGAAUUUGACUGAUUCAAUAGCCUGCUCUAAUUUAAUCAAAUUGUUUAGCAAACUCGACUACGUUCUUACUGAAGAAGCUUUAUUAAAAUUAGUUGAUGCUGUCCUUCAUAUAAAAGAUGAAGCAGACUCCUCAAAGCAUAUUUCUUUAUUUCUCUUCUCUAUUGCAAAGUCACAUCUCACAUUUUUGCAAAAAAUGACGAUUUUUACAAAAUUUGAAGAUUUAGUGGUUUCUCGAAAAUAUACUUUUAACAGUGACGACAGAGGACAGCUUAUAUUUGCGUUUUCAAAAAUAAUAACUGAGCGUUCUUCAGAUCUUUUGUAUUUUCUCAUUAACAAUACACCUUUUAUUGAGAAAAGCCCAGAAGAGAUUUUAUCAAUCCUUGACGCAAUUCAGUUUACUGCAGUGCAAAACGAUCAUAUUAUUUUAGAAAAAACAGAAAAAUUUUAUAUUAAAUAUCACCCAUUCCUGGAACGAGUUGAGUAUAUAAAAGUUGUCCACUCAUUUUCUAAAAGGAAUUAUGGGAGCAAGGAAUUAUGGGAAAUUCUACAGGAUUGCUUUUUUUGGUUUGAUUAUGAUGAUCAUUCAUUAGGUGUGGUUUACUCUAGCUUUGUAAGGACUAAUAAAACUUCAGAUCAGUUUUUAAGGCAAAUUUGGCCAUUGAUUGAGGAGAGAAUAGGAAACUUCAUUGAAAAGCAUAGAGGUUCCAUAAUUUAUUUUAUGAAAAAAAGAAAUAUAACUAGUGAUCAAAGUUAUAAAGAUCCACAGAAGACAAGAGCAACAAAUGACAAAAAUUUAGUAUAUUUUAUAUAGUGAAUUUUUAAUAUAAAAAAUAUGGGAAUAACUAAUUUUUUAAAAUAUUGACAAUGGAUAGUAUUUAUAUUGUGAAAUAUUAAUUAAAUAAAUAUAGAAAAUGAAGAAACCGAGAAAUAA